ACAGUCCUGACAGCUGCAGGAGGCCGGGGGGAAACUGACGGCGGACACACAUAAAUGAAAAGCCAUGGAGGACAAAGCACAGAUACAAGAAGCGAUUAAAAACCAAGGGGAAAUUGUCCGGAAGUUAAAGUCAGAGAAGGCGAGCAAAGACCAGUGCUAGGGUUGCUCACCACUUUUCUCCUGUUCUUCCCGCCUGACCCCGGAUGACCUCGGCCUGCUCCUCCUUCAUCAUCACCAUCACCUACCUCACCGUUCGGGGACAUCAUUGCUCAACUCACUUCCUGGCUCUCCUUCCACUGACCAUUGUGAUUGGCUUCUGUGGCUGGCCCUGGACAAUACCACUGGACAUUGACGUACCCAUGAUGCACUCCUGAACCAUAUUCUGGACUUUUAUUUUUUUGCCCUCGUCAUUUUGCUUCCCCUGUGCUGUGGAAUGAUCAUGCUGGGCAUGAUUUGCAUUCGUGCUUACUCUGGUCUGGCGGCCUGUCGGACUGCAACACUUGUCCGAUCUGCGCAUUCUCUCACUGGAAUUACUGCUGCUCAGAUUGAUGAAGAGGUAGCCAAACUGCUGGAGCUGAAGGCUCAGUUAGGAGGAGAUGAUGGCAAACAUCAGUUUGUCCUCAAGACAGCAAAGGGAACGAGGGACUACAACCCCAAGCAGAUGGCCAUCAGAGAGAAAGUCUUCAACACCAUCAUCGGCUGCUUCAAACGCCACGGAGCAGAGACCAUCGACACACCUGUCUUUGAACUGAAGGAAACCCUGACAGGGAAGUAUGGAGAAGAUUCCAAGCUCAUCUACGACCUCAAAGACCAAGGAGGAGAGCUGCUGUCCCUCAGAUACGACCUUACUGUGCCCUUUGCCCGCUACCUGGCCAUGAACAAGAUCACCAACAUCAAGCGCUACCACAUCGCUAAGGUCUACCGCCGCGACAACCCAGCCAUGACCCGUGGACGCUACAGAGAGUUCUACCAAUGUGAUUUUGACAUAGCGGGCCAGUAUGAUGCCAUGAUUCCAGACGCUGAAUGUCUGAAGAUUGUGCACGAAAUCCUCAGCGAGCUGGACCUCGGUGACUUCCGUAUCAAGGUCAACGACAGACGCAUCCUCGACGGGAUGUUCGCCGUGUGUGGUGUUCCAGAUGACAAGUUCCGCACCAUCUGUUCAACAGUGGAUAAACUGGAUAAGAUGUCCUGGGAGGAUGUGAAGAAGGAAAUGGUGAAUGAGAAGGGCCUGUCAGAGGAGGCUGCUGACCAGAUUGGGGAGUACGUCAGUAUGCAGGGUGGAAUGGACUUAGCAGAGCGCCUCCUGCAGGACCAGAAGAUGUGUCAGAGUAAGCUGGCCUGUGCUGGACUCUCUGACAUAAAGUUGCUCUUCAGUUACCUGCAGCUCUUCCAGGUCACAGACAAGGUGGUGUUCGACCUCAGUCUUGCCCGGGGUCUCGACUAUUACACGGGAAUCAUUUACGAGGCAGUGCUGACUCAGGCAGGCGUGGCCCCAGUAACUGCUGAGGCCCAAAACGGGGCGCCAGGAGAGGAGAGUGUUAGCGUGGGCAGCGUGGCUGGCGGAGGGCGAUACGACGGCCUGGUGGGCAUGUUUGACCCCAAGGGCAGGAAAGUGCCAUGCGUGGGCGUCAGCAUCGGCAUCGAGAGGGUCUUCUCCAUCAUGGAGCAGAAGGCUGAGGCCUCAGCAGAGAAGGUUCGCACCACAGAAGUCCAGGUCAUGGUGGCGUCCGCUCAGAAAAACCUGCUGGAGGAGAAACUCAAACUCAUCACCGAGCUCUGGAAUGCCGGCAUUAAGGCAGAAGUGAUGUACAAGAAGAACCCCAAACUGCUGAGUCAGCUGCAGCACUGCGAGGAGUCUGGGAUCCCCCUGGUGGCCAUACUGGGUGAACAGGAGCUGAAAGACGGCGUGGUCAAACUCCGCGUGGUGGCAACCAGAGAGGAGGCUGAUAUUUCCAGAGCAAACCUUAUAGAUGAGAUCAGGAGGAGGACCUCUGAGGCCUAGCUGCUCCCGUCUGUCCAGCUGCAACCCCAUCACAUCGUCUGACUGCUUCAAACACACUCUGCAGACUCUUGUACAGAAUCUUCUGUCUCGCCCUCUGAAGAGCACUUUGGACAUGGUGCAGCCAUGAAAACACACCCAGCCUCAUUUUCAUAUCAGACAGACACGACUGGUAUUAUGUUGCUCACUGUAACAGGGCAGGCAGCCAAAAGUAAUGAAGCUAACUGGAAGUUUGAUGUGCGUCUUUAAAAAUGAACACUGUCAUUAGAGAACAGCAUCCAGGAAAUGUGUUACAGUUUAUGUCCUCUGAUAUUUAAUGAACGUCAAUGGUCUGUAUAGUCUCAGAAAGCUGCUGGAGAUCAGUUGGGUCAGAUUCAGAGUAGAAAAAUCCUUUUUCAGAGCUGUGCUCAGCCAGACAUGCUUCUUCUCUUGAGGUCCAAGGAUCAAACGUCAGACAUUUACCUUUUACAUGAACACAUCAUUAUUUGCUGCAUUUCAGUUCUGCUUAUAACAAAGGCUCAUGUGUACCUGUAUCAAACAUGCCUCUACUGUCACGUAUCCAAAAAUAAAAACAUCCAUCAUUUUGCUCAAUGCUGAAAUUAGCUGCUUGCUGACUGAGAUAAAGAUGUGUGCAUGAUUGGUUUUGGGUGAAUUUACUGAAUAAACACAAGAGUCCAUUUAC